GCAGGGGGCGGAGCCGCAGAAACCGGAGGAGGAAGGAAACGAGAGCCACUAAUGGCCACGAAACCGCACCGCCAACUCUGCCGAUCGCCGUGCUUGGACCGUCCCAGUUUCAGCCAGAGCAGCACCCUACAGGAGCUACGGAUGAGCAGUGAAAGCAGAGACUACCAAACCAAAAUGGAGUUUGCGCUAAAGCUAGGCUAUUCCGGAGAGCAAGUGGAGUCCGUCUUGAGCAAACUAGGUCCCAGCGCUCUAAUCAACGAUGUCCUGGCCGAACUCGUCCGUCUCGGAAACAAAGGGGAGCUGGAGGCCCAGGCGCCAGUCAGUUCGGCUGGUUUAGCACCUCGAGGUCCCGGGGCCAAGGAGGCGGUCAGUCCAGAGGCUUCACUUGAAGAGGAGACGACAGACACGUACGAUAACCUCCGACCCAUCGUUAUAGACGGAUCCAACGUAGCCAUGAGCCAUGGAAACAAAGAGGUUUUCUCGUGCCUGGGCAUCCAGCUGGCGGUUGAUUGGUUCCUGGAGAAAGGACACAAAGACAUCACCGUGUUUGUACCAGCAUGGAGGAAAGAGCAGUCCAGACCAGACGCCCCUAUAACAGAUCAGGAGAUCCUGAGGAAGCUGGAGAAAGAGAAGAUCCUGGUCUUCACCCCGUCUCGUCGUGUCCAGGGCCGACGGGUCGUUUGUUACGAUGACCGCUUCAUUGUCAAGCUGGCCUAUGAUUCUGACGGCAUCAUCGUCUCCAAUGACAACUACCGGGACCUGCAGAACGAGAAACCGGAGUGGAAGAAGUUCAUCGAGGAACGGCUCCUCAUGUACAGCUUCGUCAAUGACAAAUUUAUGCCCCCUGAUGACCCACUAGGCAGACAUGGUCCAAGCUUGGAGAAUUUCCUGCGGAAGCGACCCGUGGUACCGGAACACAAGAAGCAACCGUGUCCUUACGGUAAGAAGUGCACAUACGGUCACAAGUGUAAGUACUACCACCCGGAGAGAGCCGCUCAGCCCAUGCGCUCUGUAGCAGAUGAACUCAGAGCUUUCGCCAAACUAUCUGCUGUGAAAACCAUGAGCGAGGGUGCUCUUGCUAAGUGUGGCACCUCCGGCACCGCUGCCAAGGGGGACGGUUCGGAGGCCAAACGAGUGGCGCCAAAGCGGCAAUCGGACCCGAGUAUCCGCUCGGUGGCAUGCGAGCAGGAAGAGCGACUCUGUCCAGCUAGGAAAGCCGAAGCAAAUUCCGUCCCAUCCUUAGUGACGGCACUAAGUGUCCCCACCAUGCCGCCCACAAAAAGUCAUGCGGCCGGUGCCCUGAACACUCGGUCAGCUAGUAGCCCUGUGCCAGGGUCACUGCACUUCACCCACAGCUCUCUAGAACACACCAGCAGUGUCCAGUAUCCCCCUAUUCUUGUCACGAACAGCCAGGGGGCAUCUGUGGCAUACAGUGAACCUUUCCCUAAGUACGAUUCUGUGGUCAGUGAUCACGGCUACUACUCAAUGCUCAGUGAUUUUUCCACCAUCAGCUUGGGUAGUAUGCAGGACAGCUUCUGUAGCCUGGAGCAGCCAGAUCCGACAGGGAUAGGGGGAGGGUAUCCUGAACGAGCCUCCAGCAUGUGUCCCGAACCUGGACGGAGCCAUUCUUCGGACUCUUUCUCUUCCUACGGUGGAGAGAUGUACUCCAUGGAGGGCAGUCUGGAUGACAGCAUGAAAGGCCCACAAGCCCAAGUGCAGUCAUCUGCGCAGACUCGCUUGCAAGCAUUUGCGCAUGGUUUCCACCACGAGGCCUUGACAAGGGUCCAAAGUUAUGGCACAGACGAACCCAAACCAGGUCCACGCAAGCAGUCCUCAGCUCACCUUGUGCCCCAUGCGCAGCAUCCUGUUGUAGGAGCCCGAUCCAGCUGUCCGGGCGACUACCCCCCACUUUCCCAGAACGUGAUGCCUUCGUCUGGUCCGACACAGCAAGGGAGAUCCUUGGGAAUGACCCGCAUGGACAGCAUCUCGGACUCCCGUCUAUAUGAGAGUAAUCCCCUGAGGCAGCGCCGACCGCCUUUGUGCCGGGAGCAGCAUGCAAGCUGGGAUCCAUUGCCUUGUGGGAAUGAACCUUACGGGUACGGCGGUUACGGACUGACGGGAGGACUCAUGCCGUGCUGCGAGCGCGUCAUGGUCCGUAGUAUGCCGGAAAAGAUGGAGCAGAUUUGGAGGUCUCCCUGGGAUACCCCACCAGGCCCACCUCCAGCAGUGGAACCUCAAGAACGACACCCAAUCCCGGAGCAGCAGUACCAAACUUACCGCAACCUCUGCAAUAUCUUUCCAGCAUACGUAGUCCACUCAGUCAUGGAGAAGAAUCCUCACAUGACCGAUCCUCAGCAACUAGCGGCAGUCAUCGUGACAAAACUGCGGUCCUGUCAUUGA